UAGCAAAUAAAAAUUUUUUCAAGCUCAGCUGUGUGCCGGCUGUUCAAUUUCUCUUAAAAUUAUUAAUUAAUUAUUGUUCCUUUUUUAAAAAAAGAAACAAAAUAAUGUUUCGCACAUUGAGUAGAAAUAUCUCAAAAGUAUUUGAUGUUCCUCAAGUAUCUACUCGCAGUAUAUAUUCCACAGGAACGUUGUACAAAAAGGAAGAAAGUAGUGAAGAUUCCGGACCACCUACAAUUCUCGUAGAAAAAGAUGCAAAUAUCACAUUGAUUGGCAUCAAUCGUCCCAAUCAGAGAAAUGCUAUCAAUGCGUCAACUGCAGCAAAGUUAUGCGAAGCAUUCAUAGAAUUUGAGCAUGAUGACACAUCCCCUGUCGCAGUACUUUACGGUAUUGGUGGGUCAUUCUGCUCGGGUUAUGACAUUUUAGAACUGGGAACUGAUGGCGAGAAUAUAAGUACAGACAUUCUAAUGGCAGCCGAAGGUUCUGUGGGACCCACUCGAAGACACAUAAAAAAACCUGUUGUUUGUGGGGUGAAUGGAUAUUGUGUGGCAAACGGCUUAGAGUUGGCUCUAAUGUGCGAUCUUCGCGUUAUGGAAGAAUCAGCUAUUAUGGGCUUCUUUAAUCGUAGAUUUGGAGUUCCCGUCAUUGAUGGAGGAACUGCCCGUCUACCAGCAAUGAUUGGAUUCUCCCGAGCACUCGACCUCAUUUUAACCGGUCGCCAAUUAAGCGCCAAAGAAGCCUUCGAUAUGGGAAUAGCCAAUAGAAUCGUAGCCACUGGCACUGCCCUCGGACAGGCUGUCAAUUUGGCUUUCUCAAUUGCCAAGUUCCCACAGGCUGCUCUAAAUCAUGACCGGAAUUCCUUAUAUGCAGCGACAUUUGAGUCGCACAACUUUAAUCAAGCAAUUCAGAAUGAAGUCAUGUACACGUCGAGAGAUGUGAUUGAUCAGAUGCACGAAGGCAUAAGGAAGUUUAAUGAAGGACAUGUUAAAGCAGCAUCAACUGAAAAUGUUAAAGAGAAAUCAAUGGCUGAUUGGGAAAGAGGUGAAAUCGACAUCGAAAAGGAAAUACAAAAGGAACGAGAAGAAAUUAAAAAUGGCAAUGGAAAUGGUAAAGGAAAGAAGGAUGCUUAGUUUUGUUAUUUUUACUCUACUAUAUGGUGUGCAUUUGUUGACUCGUAAGAAGCUG